AUGCCUUACCCAAACCCAAUUUUCAAAUUAGGCCUCAAAAGACUAACACCAGGUCUCCAUCUUGACCUCACAAAAGAAACACCCGGUCUCCUCACAUACUGCCAAACCCUCACCAACACCACCCUCCCCCAAACACUCCACAAACUCAUCGACAAGACCCCUCUAACCGUCACCACCACACCAAAACCCAGUAUCCUCCACACCCUCUCUACAAUCUUCUGGUUCAUCUCCACAUUGUUAUGAGUCAGCAUCCUAGUAAUCCUCUCAAUCAUCGCAAUCAUCGCCCUACACAACGCCCUGUGCCACAAGAAAAGAGAGAACCCGCUGCCUUGCAGCAGUCUUCGACAAUCUAUUAACUAUCUGGACCAACGAAUUGGCACACAGCAUUACAUGCAUUCGGAAAUUACCAGGAGAGAGUUUGAAGGGAGAUAUGAGAGGGUUGUGCAUCAUGAUGACUGGAAUGCGAUGACGAGGACUAUUACCAUCGUUGAGAAACUUACGUCUGUAUCAAAUAACGGGAUCGUAUGUGCGGCCUGGAAGAAAACAUCUGAUAGAGACAACACACAUGGAGAGUGCUCUGACGAUGCUGGGGUCUUGAUUUGCUGCAAUAGUACUCGAAAGAAGAGCGAGUAUGUGGAGGUUGAGAAGGUUGACAUUGACCAGUUAACUUGA